AACACAUGGAAACAUUCAUUACCCGGAUCAUGAGUUGUGGGCAAAACAGAGUUUCAACUUCACGUGGAAAUGGGAAAGGCAUAUUGGGAAGAGUUUGGAAUCUUAGGAAAGAUUCGAAACCGAGUCACUUCCACGGAAUGCCAGGAGGGGGCAUGCUUCAUCCAAAGUUGCAAGAUGCUUCAUCUACUGAGCGAGUGGUCAACGGCUGCUGUCAAGCUCAUGCUUACACAUGAAUCCAAGCUUUGUGACAAACAAGCUGUCGAUAAUAGCAAGCAGUGAAAAUACCGGAUGACAGAAGACAUCCACAUGCAGAUCUGAGAAAAGGGCAGUCUUAGAGUAGUACAAGAAUACAAAGGAGGCGGAAUGGACGGUCAUGGUGCAGCUCCCCUUGUAUAUUCUUGCCACCUCCACCACCCCCCACUAGUGAUUUUACACUUGCAUCACCCGUUUCAUGUUGCAGAUUAAGACCCCAUGUUCUCGCCACUUGACCCUGCUCUAACGUUUCCCAAUCCAUGCCUUAUGUGCGAAUGGCUUUUGCUGGCAAGUGCAGCACAACCUUGUCCGUCCUCGCUGCUGCAGGGUGGACAACCAGCAAGUCCACCCGUGGACGAUGGCCACUCGACAAUGCGACCUGAUCAGUAUCAAUAGAUUUCGCAAUGUUGUCGUUUGACCUUCAGCCUAACUGUGGAGCGGUGGGGGCAGCAGAAGAUGUGCGCCUCCUGAUUGUACAUCCUUAAUCUGAAUGAUCGACAUAAUGAGCACCCGGCUGCAUCCAAUCAAGGCUAGGCAGUGCCGAUUAAGGGAUACUUGUAAGAGGUCAAAUGCCUCCACGUUGUAACAUGCUUCAAACUCUCGGAAGAUGAUUCAACAUAACCUCAAUACGUUACAUUGUCUUUCCAAACGGAGAUGGAGCACGUCAAAGCUCCAUCACGUAGCUGGCAAAGUAUGCCAUUGCAACUUCUGUCCGACUUAUGCCCGAUACUGAUAUGAAUUUUAUCCAAUCCCUUCCCUCACGUACUUGGAGGUGACUUUCGUGGUGUGCGAGUUGAGAUGGUACAGGGGAAGAUGCGAAGAAUCUUUGAUUUAAUUGUUGUUUUGACUGGACUUGGUCGUUGACGAAAGGUAAAUGACGAAAUUGAUUUUCAUUAGAGUACAAGCGGUAUAUCCACUGUUGACAGACUUCUCUUCUGCUCUGAGGAAGUAUUGUUCGGUGUUUUUCGACAUAGUUCAGCAGCUUUGAGACAAAAGAGAUAGAGAAUGACGCUGGCUGGAUGACGGCAAGAGUAUCUACCACCAAACUCAUAUGUACGCCGACUAUGGACCGAUGAGAGCUAGAUCAUGAGGUUUGUUUUGUGACCAAGAGGGGCAACAACUGGUUCACCUUUUAAACGUGAAUUCUUACAGGAGGGCAAGCAGGUUGGAAAAGGUUUGUUGCUACUUCUGAGGAAGGAUGGGACCUACUGCAGGGUCGGACCUUCGGUCGAGCUAACAACAGUAGGUUCCUAGUGAGCUCUCACUGGACGAAUCUAACAACGUCCAUGCCCACGUAGAGUGGACACGAUAUUCAUAAAGGGAGCUGUACGUCUUCAAAGCUGUACUUGAGUGUCUAAUUCAGAUUUUGGAUGAGAAGGAGGUCAUUAUUCUGGGUUUGACACAACCUUUAGAUGGAAAGAUGAUAAUCAAGGGCUGAGAAGAAGUAAACCGCAGAUGUGUACGAUGGAGGACUCCGGAGGUCACAAUGAUUUGCCGCUCCCCUUCAUAAGCAUCAGAAGCGGCGUAGAGGCCACUAAGAUUGGUGGAAUAAAUUGCUCGUGAAAUGGAGGAGAGGAAAUAAUCGAGCGGCCGAACUUUUCACCACUACCUUCGCCAACAAUUUGGGUCACUGACCAUCCUGGAAGCUUUCAAUCACUUUACAUUUUUGUCUCUACUUGCAAGCCUGGGCUGUUGAGGGCGAUCGGCACUGUUGGCGGCCUCCAUACGCACAGUGCUCACUCGUUUUGAUGUUCAGUGGAGCGAGUGCACUUAUACUGCGCUCAUCAAUCAAAUGUUCACAACUGGGGUCAUGAAGCUCCCACGAUUAUGGCCAGAUAAGAUUUGGAAGACGUAUAGGUAGACCUGUGAGGACCCUGUCUUCUUGAAAGCCUUAUAAUAAUCUCUCUGGAUCGAAACUUCUCAUCCCUGGGACUCCAAACCCAAAACCAACGAGCAAGUCAUGUGCAACUUGUUAGCGUUGGUGAUUCAACUCACAAUCUUACUACAUGCACAACAGUUAAUAAGAAAACUGCCCCAACAUGCUCU